GAGAGCACUCGCAGUCUUUCUCCCUCUCUCCUCCACAGUUGAGUGGCGUGCAGUGCCGCUGGGUUGGUGCUCUUUCUCUCGGUGCUCGCAUCCAGCAUCCAGCGUCGCUGGCUCCCUGCUGAAAAACGCUGUGGCUCUAUCACUCGCUCUCUCUCUCUCUCUCUCCCUCUCUCUCUCUCUCUCUCUUACUCGUCUCUUUCAUUCAAACAAACGCGCGCACACACACACACACACUCAGAGGGCAGUGAGUCAAGGGAGUGUCGGAACGUGGGUCCUGUGCGUCGGGUCCGGUGCAUCCAGCGUUCGAGAGGCAUCCCGCUGUGCAUCCCUGCGUGCGUCUGUGUGUGAGGAGGUGAGGGGAGGAAGCUGGCGGUGAGGAGGUGAGUGAGGAGGAGCGAGGAGGCCCCGGUGGCGGCGGCGGCAGCGGCAUCAUCAGCGGCAGACGUCAUGAGCGUGCCCCUGCUGAAGAUCGGCGCGGUGCUCAGCACCAUGGCCAUGGUCACCAACUGGAUGUCCCAGACCCUGCCCUCUCUAGUCGGGCUCAACGGCACUACCAUCUCCCGUGGGGGCACGUCCGAGAGGAUCGUCAGUGCCCUGUACCCCAGUCCGGAGGAGGGCUGGCAGAUCUACAGCUCGGACCAGGACCCGGACGGGAAGUGCCUGUGUACGGUGGUGGCGCCGGCCCAGAACAUGUGCAGCCGAGACCCCCGCAGCAGGCAGCUCCGCCAGCUCAUGGAGAAGGUCCAGAAUAUUACCCAGUCCAUGGAGGUUCUGGACCUGAGGACAUACCGAGAUCUGCAGUACGUCCGGGACACGGAGAACCUCAUGAAGACGGUGGACGGCAAACUGAAGAUCGCAUCAGACAACCCCCGCACCCUCAACCCCAAGAGCUUUCAGGAGCUGAAGGACAAGAUGACUCAGCUGCUCCCCCUGCUGCCCGUGCUGGAUCAGUACAAGGCGGACGCGGGCAUGAUCCUGCGGCUGAGGGACGAGGUGCGCAACCUGUCGCUGGUGCUCAUGGCCAUCCAGGAGGAGAUGGGCGCCUACGACUACGAGGAGCUGCGCCAGCGCGUGCUCCUGCUGGAGACCCGCCUGCACUCCUGCAUGCAGAAGCUGGGUCUGGUCGAUGGAUGGUUACUUGAAGGGACGCCGCGUGCUUGAAUUCCGCACCAUGUCCGACUUCAAAAUCGGCUUGAACUUCGUGCAGCACCUCCUGCCUCACCCGUGGGCGGGCACGGGCCACGUGGUCUACAACGGCUCCCUCUACUACAACAAGUACCAGUCCAACAUCAUCAUCAAGUACCACUUCCGCUCGCGCAGCGUCCUGGUCCAGCGCAGCCUCAGCGGCGCCGGCUACAACAACACCUUCCCGUACUCGUGGGGCGGCUCGUCCGACAUCGACCUGAUGGCCGACGAGAACGGCCUGUGGGCCGUCUACACGACCAUCCCCAACGCGGGCAACAUCGUCAUCAGCCGCCUGGACCCGCAGAGCCUGGAGGUGCUGCAGACGUGGGACACGGGCUUCCCCAAGCGCAGCGCCGGCGAGGCCUUCAUGAUCUGCAGCACGCUCUACGUGACCAACUCGCACCUGGCCGGCGCCAAGAUCUACUUCGCCUACUACACCAACACGUCCACGUACGAGUACACGGACAUCCCCUUCCACAACCAGUACUCGCACAUCUCCAUGAUGGACUACAACCCCCGCGAGCGGGUGCUCUACACCUGGAACAAUGGACACCAGGUCAUGUACAACGUCACGCUGUUCCAGGUCAUCAAGACGUCCGACGACUGAGCCAGCAAAAGCGAGUGUGACUCACACACAAGUGACUCUCACACACAAACGCACACACGCAGACUCCAAACACACACAUAGACAGACACACAAAGAUGUAGCACACACACAUACAAACAUACACAAACACACACAAUUAUACAGAACCAUAUUCAUUUGAACAUUCCCAUUAACACACAGAUGGCAGCAGGGGCCAAACAUACUGUACCAGAAGCUUUGGACUUUUUUAAGCACUUCGAUCUGCAUAGAGUGCUAUUAUUCACACUGAAGGACUUGGGGUGGGGUAAUAAAAAAAGCACACGGCUCCACACAGCUGUGUCGGAGGAGAGGAGAGAAGAGAAACGGACUGAGCUUUUCAUUUGUUUCUGUGAUGAGUAAGCAUGAGUAAGUUCUUUUUAUCUGUGGAAAAGAAAAAAAUAAAUAUCGAACUUUAA